UGUCGAUGUCCAGUCGGGUUUAUGGUUUCAGCAGGGAAUGUGUAGCCCAGUACGGACGACAAUUGAGUGAGAACAUGGCAGGUAACAACGGGAGCAGCGGCGGUGGACCCGGCACCGGGCCCGCUACACUCGGCCGUCGCUCCUCGUCUUCCGCGAUUAUCCUCCGCGAGCUGGGCAAGUUCUUUCUGGCGGGGGUCAAGUGGACGGGACGCCCGUCCCUCGGCAUAGGAGCCUACGGCAGCGUGGAGCCGCUAGAACACCACGGUAUGAUGUGCGCGGGAAAGAAAAUCCACGACGUUCUGAUAAACGUCGAGAACGAGGGAGCCGACGACAUGGCCCACCGGUUCGUGGACGAGUGCAAGCUGAUGAGCGAGCUCCGCCAUCCCAACGUCGUCCAGUUCCUGGGUCUCUGCCUUUCUCCCUCUUCCUCUCUACCCAUACUAGUCAUGGAGCACCUCUACUGCAGUCUCGACGACUUGCUAGAAACGACACCAGACAUACCUCUCUACAUGAAGCGCUCCAUUCUCCGCGACGUUGCGCUGGGCCUGGCCCACUUACACGGACGCCACCCGGCCAUCAUACACCGGGACCUCACCGCCCGAAACGUCCUCCUGAACAAUAACAUGCGUGCCAAGCUGGCCGACUUUGGCGUGGCAAGAAUACUGAAUCUCCCGGCUGGAAAGCUCGAAGCUACCCUUUCUCGAGUUCCGGGGACAUCAACGUACAUGCCUCCCGAAGUUUUCAGCCGUGAGGCUAGGUACAACACAUCCGUUGACAUAUUUUCGUUCGGACACCUUCUCCUAUUCACAAUCACCCAGAAGCAACCGGGCGUGGAGGCUGCGACAUUUGUCGACAGUUCGGGAAGAAUCGUGGCCAGGUCAGAGCUGGAGAGACGAGAAGACAGCAUGUCCACGCUCUACGGCGUACUGGGAAGGGAGCACCCCUUUGUGGCCAUUGUCACCGAGUGUUUGCAGACCAACGCUGCGCUGCGACCGUCAAUAUUUCAGGUCCUGACCAAUCUGGAGGAGAUGCGGUCUAGUGUGAGAGAUCCAUAUUCGAGACAAACCCGGCUCACCCUGACUCAGAUGAUCCGAAAACUGGCCGCAGAGAACAAGCAAAUCAGGGCUGAGCUAAAAAGAGCACAGGACGAUCUACUGAAUGCUAAACGGAGGAUCGUUCACAUGACGGAUAAACUGCACAGAUAUUCCCAGCAGGUAUAUAGUACGAAACAAGAUUCAUUGCUUGAGCCAAACAGUGGAGCCCCCACUUUCACUUCAGUCAGUUGUGUAUGAUUCACAGGACCCGACACACGCGUAUCACACACAAAACUAAACACUUCUUCCAAGAAAUAAGAGCUAUCAUACAAGGUGGGACUCGAACCUACGACACUCUGUUCUCUAGGCCGAGUGCUCUGCCACUGAGCUACGAACGAACAUGCCAGGGCAACUCAGCAGGCUGGGCUCAACGACGAACAAUAUAGUCUGUAGUUGAUAAGGAGGCAAGCAUUUGGACAGAUUCUGCUACGUUUAGUUUCAGUUCCGAGGAGAUUAUAUAUGGGCAUAAUGUAAGUGGUGCUUUCCGUGGAAUGCUGAACACGUUCGUUGGUUUCAAGCAAAUACCUUUUCGGAUGAUGGUUUUUAGGUAUUUUCACGUUGGGUGGGGUCUAUACACAUGCCACCUACAUACAUACAUACAUACAUACAUAGUACUGACAGCAUCGGAGUUUGGCUCCGUGGGCUGUAGUGUAGUCAGUCUAGUGUGUCUGUAUACAGUAUCAUGUUCAGACCCCCGCUAUUGCCGAGUAUCAU